ACAGGCCGAGGAACCAUGUCCGCAUCCAUGGCUGCCUUCUUCUGUCUUGGGCUGUGUCUGGGGCGGGUGAUACAGGCUCAGAAAGGCCCACUGCCCAAGCCCUCCCUCCAGGCCCGGCCCAGCUCCCUUGUGCCCCUGGGGAAGCCGGUGACCAUCAGCUGCCAGGGCCCUCCAGGCGCGGACUUGUACCGCCUGGAGGAACUGAAAUCCCGGAAGUAUUUGGACCAGGCGGAGCUCUCCAUCUCGGCCAUGGAACAACGCUUCGUCGGACGCUACCGCUGCUCCUAUCAGAGUGGGACCAGCUGGUCUCCCCCCAGCAACCAGCUGGAGCUGGUUGCUACUGGAGCUUUCACCAAGCCCUCGCUCUCAGCCCAGCCCAGCACGGCAGUGGCCCCAGGAGUGGACGUAACUCUACGGUGUCAGAGCCAGUAUAGUUUUGACCAAUUUGCUCUGUACAAGGAGGGGGACACUGGGCCCUUCAAGACACCUGAAAGGUGGUACCAGGCUGAUUUUCCCAUCACCACGGUGACUGCUGCCCACAGCGGGACCUACCGAUGCUACAGCUUUUCCAGCAGAUCUCCAUACCUGUGGUCGGCCCCCAGCGACCCCCUGGAGCUCGUGGUCACAGGGACCUCUUUUACCCCCAGCUGGUUGCCCACAGAACCACCUUCCUCUGUAACAGAAUUCUCAGAAGCCUCCAAGAAACUGAACCACUCACUCGUGAACGAAGUUUCCGCUGCUGAAACUUCUAGGAAUACCACCAUCCUUCCAAAGGAGUCAGACCCUCCAACUGGUCUUGCCUUCCAGUAUUACACUAAGAGCAAUCUGGUCCGGAUAUGCCUUGGGGCUGUGAUUCUAAUACUCCUGGUGGGGCUUCUGGCAGAAGAUUGGCACAGCCGAAAGAAACCCCUGAUGCACCGGGUCAGAGCGGUCCACAGGCCGCUUCCACCCCUCCCUCAGACCCAGAAGUCACACAGUUGUCAGGAUGGGGGUCGACCAGAUGAUCAUAACUGAGGAUACCAUCAUUAGAAUCCCAAGGCUUGGUUGUAUCUAAGAGAUAGGUCAUGGGAGUGGGGAGGGGACUUAGUGUGGAGUGUGAGAGUAAAAGGAUAGAGCCUACAGCUGUGGAAAAGGAGGGCGUGGGGUGUUCUUCUUGGUGCCCCAUCAAGGAGUUGUUGAGUCUGUGUCUGUUUGGCUGUAUGUCCUAGGACUCUCUUUGUUUGGGAUGGAAGGAAUCUAGUAG